AUGAUGUCAUGCCCGGCAACAUGAUCAUGAAGUCUGCCGAGCGGUGGCGUAUUCUCCUGCUUUUGUAUUUUGACCUUUCUCCUGCUCACUCACUAUCUCUCGUCUUGCUUUGGCUCUCUUUCACUAUGAUUCCUCUACUUCGACCCAGUAUUCUGCUUACCCUCCGACUACCAGUAGUUUCGUCUCUUCGGCAACCUCUGGCAUCGUCUGCACGUUCAUUCAGUAGUUUCCGGACAUCGUCUUCUGUCCUUUCGACAUUGCACAAACAGACGUCCAAACCAUUUUCAUCGACUUUCUUUAGGUCGUCGAGAACAUUACUUACAGACUCUGCUCCCGUUGUUGCUCGUCCUUCUCCAAGCGAGGCCUGGAGGCGUUAUGCAAUUACAGCUGUCACAGUUGCAGGGACUGUAGUGGCGGUUAAUGUUUUCUUCAAUCGAGAGACUCGCGAUGCACUUUCACUAGACGAAAGGUCAUAUCUCCACGAAAGUUUCCAAUACACCGGCGUAGGACUCGCCUUGACAGCCGUAGCAGCUCGCACGAUGUUCAAGAAUGGACUCGCUUUCAGGAUUAUGGCAGCCAAUCCGUGGGCUGUCUUGGGUAUCAGUCUUGUGGGUUCGAUUGGGACUAUGAUGGGUGCGAUGUACACUGCUCCGGAGAACAAACUUUUGAAACACGCGUUCUGGCUAGGCUUUAAUGCGUGUCAAGCUGCCACUCUCAGUCCUCUUUUCUUCGUUAGCCCGGCCAUUCUCUCUCGUGCAGCACUCUACACUUGUGGUGUUGUUGGCUCACUUGCCUACGUCGGUGCCACAGCGAAGACCGACAAGUACAUCUACUUGGGUGGGCCCCUCCUUGCCGGUGUAACUGUAGUCGCUUUAAGCUCUUUGGCUCCCAUGGCUCUUCCCCUUGGUCUUCGUGGACUUGCUAUCACCGAGGCUGUUUCGCUUUAUGGUGGUCUUGCCGUCUUUGGUGGCUUCGUUCUCUACGAUACUCAGAAGAUCUUGCAACAUGGUCGUAUGGUAGGUACCGGUGCUAUGGCCGCAGACCCAAUCCGGGAGUCUAUUGGUUUGGAGCUUGACAUGAUCAACAUCUUUAUUCGAUUAGUCCAGAUCCUCUCCAGGUCGAAAGACAGGAAGAAGUAGACAGCGAAGUCGAGGCAGAUUAGUUUAGACAUACAGAGUUUCCUUAUUCAUGUAGUAUCAAUGCUGUAUUCUAGUUUCAGCACCACUCAGUCCAGUGCUUCUUGGCUCACAUUUCAACCUGUGAGGUCCCACUUUCACUUUACAGGCAUGUAUGAACGUCCAUGGUAUCCAAGUCUAACUACCAGAAAUAACAAACUGGUACCCUAAAGCUACGACCCAACCUUCCCCAAACUCUCCAAUAUCUUCA